UAUAAGACACACGAUGGAAGUUAUGGUUACUUAACCAGUACUCGGUAUUGUCUAUAUUUUUGUUUCUAUAAAUUAUUUGACAAUAAAGGAAGUAAAUCAUAUAUCUUUCUCGUUAUAAAUCUUAAUGCUCGACAAGCACAUCUGAAAAUUAACAAUGCCAGUCUACGAGAUGCCAAUUAUAAUUAAAUUAUUAUCAAAGAAAGAUUUAUUUACAAUAUUAAAAAGAACUGCAAAUUCAAUUUUUGAUAAAGGUGGCCUUAUACGAAAAAUUGAUAAUUUAGGAAAAUUGGCCUUACCAUACAAAAUGAAGGAACUUAAGAAAGAAGCCAACUUCUUCAUUUUUCAUUUUGAUAUGCCACCAGCGAUAAUAUUGACAUUAAAUAAGGAUUUAAAGAGAGAUGUUGAUAUUUUGAAGUGGCAAGUAUAUAAUACAAAUGAAAAAGAAAAGAUUGAAUGCACAUUGGACAAUGAAUUACUGCCCCCGCCUUACAGGCGUGAUGUUCAAGAACUGAUAGAAUUGGGAAAUAAACAUAGAAGGAAAAGUGACAGAUUCAAGUUUAAGUUUAACACAGGUUUGAACUAUUAUCCAUUUCAACGAUGAGUAUUUAUAUAGUAAAGAUUAUAUUUUGUAUUUUGUGUAUAUUGGUCUUGUAUAAUAGAAAUAUAGUCUAUAAAAGUGAGCGUGCGUGUGAAAUUUUGUAUCUAUGUUAAAAGAAUUGAUUUAAUAAAGGAAAUUUAAAUAACAA